CAACUUCCCCAAAGAACACGGUGGCUGCCUCAGAAUCUACGUCAAGUCACACCAUGAACAACCAUAAGUUAGCCGGGAAAGUAGCCAUCGUGACCGGCGGAGCUAGUGGUAUUGGAGAAGCGACGGCGCGCCUGUUUGCCAAUGAAGCUGCACGUAUGGUGGUGAUCGCCGACAUUCAAGACGAGCUGGGCAACCAGGUAGCGGCCUCCAUCGGAACUGACCGGUGCAGCUACGUCCACUGUGACGUGGCCGACGAGGAUCAAGUCAAACAGCUCGUGGAAUCAACGGUCAACAUUUAUGGACACCUCGACAUCAUGUUCAGCAACGCUGGUGUAGCCAGCUCCUCCGAGCAGACGAUCCUUGACCUCAACUUCUCCGGAAUGGACGGUUUAUUUGCGACCAACAUCCGCGGGAUGACGGCGUGUGUAAAGAACGCGGCUCGUGCCAUGGUGGAGAAGCAAGUGAGAGGGAGCAUAGUGUGCACGGCAAGCGUAGCCGGUAGCCACGGGUUUCCGGUCGGAACAGACUACUGCAUGUCUAAGCAUGCAGUGGUAGGACUGAUGCGGGCAGCGAGUGUGCAGCUGGCGACGCGUGGGAUAAGGGUGAACAGCGUGUCACCCACGGCGUUAGUGACGCCAUUGCUGUGCAAGGCGUUUGGAAUGAGCUCAGCACAGGCGAGAGAGUUCUGUCAAAAAAGCGCGAGGUUGGAGGGCGUGGAGCUCACGGCGGAACUGGUGGCGAAGGCGGUGCUGUUCCUGGCUUCGAACGACUCGGAAUUUAUAACGGGUCAUGAUCUGAAGGUGGACGGAAGCCUGGCGAGUUUCUGAAGGCGGAGGGAAGCCUUAAGGGUUUUCCAAAAUAAAUAAAUAAAUACGCGCACACACAUAUGUGUGUGUGUGUGUGUUAUUUGUACCUGAUAUGGUGUUAUAGUUAGUAAAUAUGAAUAAUACGGAUGAAAUAAGAAACAUACGUGAUACAAUACUGUUUCGAACCCUAUCUGCGCAUUAAUAAUUAUGACCAGUAUGGGACCUGGCUAGGUGAUAUUACUUGGUGCUAAUUUUGAAUGGUUUACAAGCAGUUUUAA